AGAACAGACAGUAAAAAAAGACCAGAAACUUAAAUUUACACAGACUUAAACUAUUUUGUACAUUUUUGAUUUAUUUUUGGUGUUUUGCAUUGUUUAUCGUUUGUUGCUGGCAUUCGCUUCAAGUAAUUGACGUGACUUUGCGGUGGGACCGAAAGCUAAUCAUGUUGCUUGGGGUGCUUACCUUACUUUGGGACACCAUUACGAAUUAUGUUGCCAAAUUCAUGGACACGGUCUAUGAGUCGAAUUAUUUUAUGGCUCUGUUUAGCUGCAUUAUGGCGACGAUUUUGAUGGCGCAUUUGAAAUCGGCGACGGUUAUAUUGACUGAAAUACACAAGCCCAAGCGUCGCCGAUCGUUAAUCGAGCGACAGCCGUCGCCAAUUAACAUUGAGAGCUGCGUGGCCUACAAAAUGGAGCUGCAGGAAUCGCUGCGCUGGUACAGCUACGACGAGCUGCCACCGGCCGUGAUACUCGAGAACAAUGGCUGCACGGUGAUAAUGCGCAUUUGCUGUUCCCCGGAAUAUACGCCGUACAUUACGGGUGGGAAUCUGCCAGCAAACUACUAUUUUAUGGAGGCUUCGUUCAAAUGGAGCUCGGAGCACUCGAUUGACUCGCACAAUUAUGCCAUGGAGAUGCAGGUGUUGCAUGCCGCAAACAUUAGCGAUGCCCCCUACGAAUACCUAACGGUGUCCUACAUGUUCGAUCUCGCACAGCAGAAGAACUAUAUGUUCGAUCAGAUCAUCAACAAUUUGGCCUCCAUUCGCACAGCCGGCUCAGCGAUCGAGCUGCCGCCCUUCGACCUGGCCACCCUGAUGUGGUGCUUCGGCAGCGACUAUUACAGCUAUCGCGGCACCUAUACCAACGGCAACUUCGUUCUGCCCAGCCUAUGGGUUAUUUGCUCGCGCACCUUCUACAUUGCCCCCGAGCAAUUGGCUCGCUUCAGAGACAUUUGCGAUCUGAGCGGACGGAACAUCGUGUGGAACGCCCGCCAGAAGAAGCCGCUGGGCGAUCGUUGCGUUUCAUUGAACUGUUAUUAAUAGAGAAAGAG